ACUACGUGCCUCGGUGCCUGCAUCAUAGUCAUUCGUACUCGUACAUAUCCUCCUCUGCUGUCCUGGCGUUUGCGGGCCCGGUGCUUUCUCUUCCUUCCGGCCGCGGCAAUGGCGUCGGGGAACAACAACAAGCAGAGGAGCGAGGAGGAGUGGCGCGUCGUACUCUCCCCUGAGCAGUUCCGCAUCCUCCGCCUCAAGGGCACCGAGUUACCCGGGACAGGAGAGUACAACAAAUUCUACGGCGACGGGGUUUAUAACUGCGCUGGCUGCGGGACUCCCCUGUACAAGUCCGCCACAAAAUUUGAUUCUGGCUGCGGCUGGCCUGCAUUCUUUGAGGGGCUUCCAGGAGCCAUAAACCGAACACCAGAUCCUGAUGGUAGGAGGGUAGAGAUCACAUGUGCAGCCUGCGGUGGCCAUCUGGGCCAUGUGUUCAAGGGUGAAGGCUUCAAGACACCUACUGAUGAGCGCCACUGCGUGAAUAGCGUCUCGAUCAAGUUCAGUCCUGGCUCCUCCUAGAUCAUCUUGAGAUUCUCGUGUCAUGGAACUGCGGGAAGUACGACGAAUAAGAUUUAUUGAGCAUGUGUGCGUGCCUGCAUUCUGCUACUCUGGCUGUGAGAUGAAUCUAUUAUCAUAAGCAGCUGUUACUCUACGUGAUUCGUCAUUCACAUCAGCUGUUACUCUGGCGUGAUUACACGAAUUUUUUGUUCAGACGGUGUGGGACUGUUGUUGAAUAAUUAGACAAUUUCCAAAUUAAAUUCCGAAUAUAAAUCAUGACCAAAUCA